GUUACUCUAAUUGAUGUUCCUCAGUGAGCGGCGCUCAGUGAGUUGCGCUCCAAGACUGCGCGUCCACAUCAGGUCACCUGCAUUGUGAUGGCAGGUGGGGCUACUGGUGCCACCUUCAUGCUAACAGAAAUGGACUAUGACCAUCCUCUAAACCCUUCUGCAAACUAAACCAUCAGAUAAUGGACCUGAACGCCGGUGCCAAAAGGAAGGCUAUAUCCCUGAUCACUGAAACCGAUUAUAGAUGAAGCUUAAACAUAUGUUUUGAUAUUAUUUAACAGCAAGGAUUCUGGGGUUACCUUCUAAUAUGCAGACAGAAGUUUGCUGAACAUCUGUUUAUUAGAGAGACAGAGAAACAAGCCGCCUCUGCCUCCAUCCUUUGGACAAGCUUUGCCUCUAUGGUUUCAUCCGCAGCCAUGGGAAAGGAACAUGAUCUGCUGGUGGCUGCGAAGAAUGGAGAUCUUCUGCAGGCGCACAAGCUUCUCUCUAAAGUCAAGUGCAACAAAACUAAGUUGCUGGGCUCCAACAAGAGACUCAACAUCAAUUACCAGGACUCAGAUGGGUUCUCUGCAUUGCACCAUGCUGCUCUGACGGGCACCACAGAACUCCUGUCACUACUGCUGGAGGCCCAGGCCACCGUGGAUAUCAAGGAUAUCAAUGGCAUGCGUCCGCUCCAUUACGCAGCAUGGCAAGGUAAAUCUGACUCUGUUCUAAUGCUGCUGAGAGGAGGCGCUUCAGUCAACACUCCGUCCCAUGAUGGACAGAUCCCCUUACAUCUCUCUGCACAGUACGGACACUAUGAAGUGUCUGAGAUGCUGCUGCAGCACCAAUCUAAUCCCUGCCUAAUGAACAAGGCGAAGAAGACACCUUUGGAUUUGGCCUGUGAGUUUGGUCGACUCAAGGUGACUCAGCUGCUGCUCAGCAGUAACAUGGUGUCAGCGCUUCUUGAAGGAGAGAGAGGAGACGACAGCUUGGAUUCUCCCUCAACCACUGCUCUUCACCUGGCUGCUAGGAAUGGACACAAAGACAUCAUCAAGUUGCUGCUCAAAGCUGGCAUUGACAUCAACAGAGCAACCAAAGCAGGGACUGCUCUGCAUGAGGCUGCCCUCUACGGCAAGACAGAAGUAGUGCGACUGCUGCUCGAUGCCGGGAUCAAUGUGAACAUCCGCAACACAUACAACCAGACGGCGCUGGAUAUCGUCAACCAGUUUACCACUUCUACAGCCAGCAGAGACAUCAAACAGCUACUCAGAGAAGCAUCCAGUUCUCUCCAAGUCAGAGCAGUGAAGGACUACUGGAAUCUCCAUGACCCUACUGCUCUUAACCUGCGGGCUGGAGACAUGAUAAUGGUCCUGGAGCAGCACUCAGAUGGCCGCUGGAAAGGCCACAUCCAUGACAGCCAGAGGGGGACAGACAGGGUGGGCUUCUUUCCUCCUUCAGUGGUGGAGGUCCUCAGCAGGAGAGCAGGGGGCGCUCUAUCCCGCAAAGGCUCCAUGCCAUGCCAGAGACCACACCUGGCAUCCAGAACUCCUCCCUCAGGCCCCACCCCUCAGACCGACGACACAUACAUCCUUGGCUAUGAACCUUCAGGUGCUUCACCGGCCACUCAGUUCUCAGCCCAAGCAACCCCCCCUCAGGACAUUUGGGUCCUAAGGAGCUCUCCCACUGGUGACAGAAACAGUGUGGGCAGCACAGGCAGUGUGGGCAGCAGUCGCAGCGCUGGCAGCGGCCAGAGCUCAGAGAGCAGCCGCAGACAGAACGGGACCCACGGCCGCCAGCACAACGAUGGCGUCAAGAUGGCGCCAUCUGCAGGUGAAACAGGAGAUCAGAUCCACAGUACUGCAGCUGAGCAAAGUAAAGGUGGUUCCCGUCGCCAGGCCAACAGUGUACCGCAGAAAGGCUUCAUCAGACCAGAACAGCUUCUUGAGGGAAAGGACUCUGAAGCCAUCUACCAAUGGUUGUGCGAGUUCCAGUUGGAGCAGUACACUUCCAACUUCAUCAGAGCGGGAUACGAUGUCCCCACCAUCAGCAGGAUGACCCCUGAGGAUCUCACAGCUAUCGGUGUGACCAAACCAGGCCACAGAAAGAAGAUUUCAUCAGAGAUUGGGAAGCUGACCAUACCUGAGUGGCUGCCAGACUACAUUCCUUCGGAUUUGGGGGAGUGGCUUAGUGUGAUUGGUCUACCUCAGUACCAGAAGCGGUUAUGUGACAAUGGCUAUGACUCCAUCAGCAUUGUUAAGGACAUCACCUGGGAGGACCUGCAGGAAAUAGGGAUCACUAAACUGGGCCAUCAGAAGAAGCUUAUGUUGGCAGUAAAGCGACUUUGUGACCUGCAGCGCUCUCGCAAUCAGGCCGACAAAACAGGGGAGGAAAAUCUCAGAAGAAAGCUACCUGCGGCUCUAGAGUUGGUGGCUAUCGAGCGGACGCCAUCUCGCUCUCAUGUUCACCCUGAUGUCCCGUCUGAAACCUGCUGCCCUUCCCCUCGCACACCCAGGGCUCUCCUUUCAUUCCAGGACUGUGAGCUGAGUGCAGAGCUGCAGAGCGCUAUGAUGGGCAAGGCGGGCGGGUCAGCUUCUGAGGCUUUCAGCAUGAGAGGAGUACCAUCCUCUGUGGUAAUAGCUGCCAUGUCUAUCAGUCAAGAAAGCAUAAGCAGGCGUUCGCGGGGCUCUGGGAAGUCUGGAAACUCAAAUUCAGGAAGCUCACAAGAAAACCAUACAACAUCUUCCUCUGCCAAAACAUCGAGUAUGCCUGAGGAGAAUCCUGGCAUUGGAGGAGAGGAGGAAGCCAAACUUAGGCAGAACAGUCCUGGAGUCAGAAAUAAACAGAUCCCUGUGGAGAUGUGGGAACAUCAUGCUUGGUCUGGUUCAGCAGAGGAUAAGACUUUCCCCGCCACCACACCUCCGAGGACCCCCAACAAGAUGUCUCGCUUUGCUUACCCUGCAGUCCCACCGAAAACCAAACAAGUCCAGUCCCCCAACCGCCUCUAUCAGCCUCAGUAUCACCCCCAGCACCAACCUCUACCUUCUCCAUCAUCUCCAGCCCCACAGCCCUCUCCCACAAAGAGUUACUUUAAUCACCAGCAGACUCAGGCCAUGGAUUGCAACGGCUCUCCACGAGUGCUUUCUAAACCUCUGCCUGGAGCCAUCCCCGUGCUUAGACCCCCAGCAGCACAGUUCCAAGGUGACAACUCCCAAAGGGGAUUACAAAAGAAGCACAGCCAAAGCUUGACUCGCAAUGCUCUCUCUGAUGGAGAGCCUGAUGAAGAUGAAGAUCCCCCUCUUCCUUCCUCUGCUUCUUCAGUUACUAUGCCGUCCUAUGCAACCCUGUCUCGCAGGCCAGGACGGGCAUCAGGACCCCCUCGUCAAGUCAACCGCAGCCAAUCCUUCGCUGUGCGCUCUCGACAGAAAGGUCCACCUCCUCCCCCACCCAAAAGGAUGAGCUCAGUGGGUAGCAGCCCUACAAGACAGCAAGGAAGCAGCAAAGUGGUGGAGUCAGAGCCGAAGGCCGGGGUGGAGAUCGACAGUGCAGGCAGCGUGAGGAGCAUUGCUGCUAGGUUAGAGGGUAGCAGCAACUGCAGUAGUCCAUCAAGGAGGAUAGAUAUACCACCAACCUAUGUCCAUGUUUCACCUGUUCCCAGCCCAGGCUCCUCACCAGUCUCGUAUGGAUUACCUUCAUAUAUUAUUCUGCAGCAUUCCAAACCUGUUCCUGCUCUAGGUUUGGGAGGCCUGAGGAGGGUACCAAAUGAAAGGACAGAGGGAGAUACUGACAGAAACAGAACUGGAAGCAGAGAAGGAACGACCGAAGAGAAACUAAAAGCAAGGAAAAGUGACAAACUGUCAAGGAGUAAUUCUGCCUCUCCAAAGGCAAUUUCUGUGAAUCAUCUACCUUUUGCUGAAGAAGGAAACCUUACCAUCAAGCAGCGACCAAGAAUAGUAGUUGUUAACCAGGCAGACACAGAAGCUAGGUCUACACCAGACGGUCCAGUUCAGACCCCGAACAGCUUGGAGCCUCCAGAGUUCAACCUGAAAGAGUCUGACACUGUAAAAAGACGACAUCGCCCCAAAGACAAAGGUGCUUCCACACCUGAAGAAGCUACCACCCCCAACCAAGAAGACAGCCAGCUGCUUGGAGCCAGCCACAUCACACACAAUGAAGUCAGAGCUGUACGAAAAGCGGAGGUUCAGACACCAGGGGAUGUUUUCCACAGAGUUGGUUCUGUAGGGAGAGGCUCCAAGCCUCCUGUGUCUUUAAAACCUUCCAGUCCUCUAAAACAAACCCCAAAUGGAAGUCUAAUGAGUCCUCAAAAAAUGAAUCAGAGCGCACCACUGAGUGCACAAACAGCCAUUCCAAAACUGACCAGUGUACAGAUACACACUGUUUCUCCUAAGAUAAGCAGCAGCUUGAACACCCAGACAUGUAUGCAGAGCCCUAAAUCUGUUAGACCUGCACAAACGUUUGUGUCCAAGGCAGAAAAUCAACAGAAAGCUGAUGCUCUGCCUGGAGGAACAAACCUCCAGGUGAUCCAAGGGGUCUGUUUCGCUGCUCCAUCCUCCAGCACAUUGACAUCCUGCUCAUCUAACUCUGUCUCAUUGUGUCAGACAAGGAGCGCAAUGGGCGGCGUGGCAGGUUUAGAGGUUCUAGCUCAGAAGAGACUGGAGCAAACCAGUACAUCACUGGAAGCUGCUCUUAAAGUGGUGGAAAAUGAGCUCGCACAAGGCAGCAAUGUGGAUGGCAGUAGCGGUUCUGUGAAGGCAGCGGGGCAUAUUCUGGAUGACAUCGGCAACAUGUUUGAUGACCUGGCUGACCAGCUGGAUGCCAUGUUGGAGUAACGCCUCAGCUUAUUAGCUUUUUUCCAAAGCCAGCAACAGAUGGGCAGCUGAAACCAUCACCUUUUGAUGCACCUUGGACCGAAAAGCUCAGCUCCCUCUCAGGUCUUCUGGAUGAAUCAUUGGAGGCACAUCUGAGGAUUUUUCCAGAGCAGUAUUUUGCAAUUUUGAUUUUCAAACCUAAGCACUUGGCCUCAGGACACAAACCUGGGAAUAUUCCUGGAUGGACAAGAAAAAAAAAAGAACAGUAGCUGAGAGCUUAGGCUGAAGACUUUAGUUCAAUAUGUGAUGA